AUGUUUUUGGUAGCUCUAUCGUUUAUAUACUUUUCCAAAACAUUAUGUGCAAGCUACAUGAAAAGCUCCAUUACCCAGAUAGAGAGGAGAUUUGAGAUUCCCAGUUCUGUUAUCAGGGUUAUUGAUGGCAGCUUUGAAAUGGGUAAUUUGCUUGUGUUGCCAUUGGUAAGAUACUUUGGAGCAAAGUUUCACAGACCAAAAAUAAUCGGUGCUGCAUGCAUGCUGAUGUCUAUUGGAACUUUACUCACAGCGCUACCUCAUUUCCUCAUGGGACACUAUAAAUACGAAACAACAAUAUCAGCUUCAAUUAACUCCAGCACAGUGAGCUUCCCGUGUUCACAAGACCCAGGCCAGCUUACAGAGCUUCAGGCCCAGCAACAAUCUUCCAAUACAAAACCAAAAACAGGUUGUGAACAUGAUGGAGUCUCCCUGAUGUGGGUUGCUGUGCUGCUGGAGAACAUGCUACGAGGGGUUGGUGAAGCAACCAUUUCACCGCUGGGAAUUUCAUUAAUUGAUGAUUUAGCCAGCCCCGAAAACUCAGCCUUUUACAUUGGGUGCCUCUAUACCAUUGCACUGAUUGGACCUCUUUUUGGGUUCACGCUGGGUGCGUUUUGUGCAAGGCUGUAUGUAGACAUCAGGUUUGUUGAUCUUGAAAGUAUUGCAAUGAAGGAUUCCCGUUGGGUCGGUACUUGGUGGCUUGGCUUUAUAAUCGCUGGAGGAAUCAGCUUGGUUUCUGCAUUUCCAUUCUUUUUUAUACCCAAAACUCUGCCCAAAGAAGGGGGUCCAGAAAAAGAUUCCAGAGUUACAGCAGAACAAAAUCUGCUACAAGGAAACCAGCAAACAGAUGAGCAGCCCAAAAUCAUAGACAUUGCAAAGGAGUUUUUGCCGUCCUUGAAGCGUCUGCUCACAAACAAGAUCUACAUAUUAGAUCUAAUCGCAAACAUUAUAAUGUUCAAUGGGGUCAUCAUUUUGAUAACAUACACAUCAAAAUACUUAGAACAACAGUUUGGGGAAUCUGCAUCCAAAGCUAACUUUUUAAUAGGUGUUACCAGCAUGCCGGCUGUUUCCUUGGGGAUUUUCUUCAGUGGUCUUAUCAUGAAGAAGUUUAAGCGAGAUCUCUUGGGAGCUGCCAAGGUGGGACUGGGCACAGCUGUCCUUGGCUGCCUCUGUAUCUUAUCUUAUUUUGCAUUGGCUUGUAAAAAUGCUGAGAUCGCUGGACUCACAGUUUCCUAUGCAGGAACAGGGAUUUCAGACUUGGAGAGCAGAGUGUCGGUGGCCUGUAACUCUGGCUGUGGUUCCCCAGUGAACCAGUGGGAGCCAGUGUGCGGAGACAAUGGGAUGACGUACAUUUCCCCUUGCUUUGCUGACUGUAACAUAUCCAGAGGAAGUGGAAGAAAUACGACUUUUCAUGCUUGCAGAUGUAUUGAAGCUUUUCCCAAGUCAGGAUCUGGGAAUUUCUCUGCAGUUCUGGGCCAGUGCCCCCGAGAGGAGAAGUGUUCCAGAAUGUUCAUAUAUUUCUUGGUGUUCCAGUCUUUGAGCUUCUUCAUUCUUUCUCUGGGAAGCAUGCCGAUAUUCAUUGUAAAUCUCAAGUAA